UUAUUUACAUUUUCUUUUGGAUACCACGCGUAGUAUUAGUGACGAAAAACAGUUAGUUAAAUAAGAUAAUUCUGCAAUGGCUUCUGCAGAUAAAGAGAUGAAAAAAUCGGCAAACGAUAAUAAAAAAGCGCCCCAGCUUUGUGUAGGACGCGAAUCGUAUGAAAGGAUGAACUUUCUCUACCAGGCCGCUGCGCUUAUGUCUGAAACACAUCCGCAGCUUUCUGCUACAUACGGGCGGCUGGCAAAAUCGAUUGGGAAAAAGGCUGUGCUUCGAAUGGAACCCGCGAUUAAGCGCACUCUCUGUGUGCGCUGUGGCGUGCUGCUAAAUCCUGCCAUUACUGCCGACAUCCACGACUAUCGUCACAAGAAACUGUGCUAUGUGCAGGUGAACUGUAAACUGUGCGGGUACCAGAAACGUUUUUAUAAUAACAAAAACCACCAGCUAUGGUUGGAAAAUCCAAGCUCGUUGGUGGAACGAAUAGAAUUCAGUUCAAAUAAGUAGGAUGACAAACUUGGUCCAAUCCGUUGAUGCCUACCGCAUCUAAGUGAUAUACAUACUCCCCCGUGGGGGGAUAGUGAUCGAACAGCGUUUUACAAAAAUAUAUGAUUCAUUUAUUGAGCUACCGUUUUUCAAUAACUUACACAAACAAACAGUGUUACACUUUAUACAAUCAAAUGUUACAUACAUCAGCGCAGCUUAUUU